AUGUCGCGAUCGAACCCCCCCAACGCCUCGGGGUCCCGCAAGAUCUCUUUCAACGUCAGUGAGCAGUACGAUAUUCAGGAUGUCGUCGGCGAGGGUGCAUACGGUGUAGUCUGCUCGGCCAUCCACAAGCCUUCAGGCCAAAAGGUCGCCAUCAAGAAGAUUACCCCCUUCGACCACUCCAUGUUCUGCCUAAGAACCCUUCGAGAGAUGAAGCUUUUGCGCUACUUUAACCACGAGAACAUCAUCUCCAUCCUCGAUAUCCAGAAGCCCCGAAACUACGAGUCGUUUAACGAAGUCUACUUAAUUCAGGAGUUGAUGGAAACGGAUAUGCACCGAGUCAUCCGCACCCAGGACCUCUCCGACGACCACUGCCAGUACUUCAUCUACCAGACUCUGCGUGCGCUCAAGGCCAUGCACUCGGCCAACGUUCUCCACCGAGAUCUCAAGCCGUCCAACCUUCUGCUCAACGCCAACUGCGAUCUCAAGGUCUGCGACUUUGGCCUCGCCCGAUCUGCGGCGUCCCAGGAGGACAACUCUGGCUUCAUGACGGAAUACGUUGCCACGCGAUGGUACCGAGCCCCGGAGAUCAUGUUGACCUUCAAGGAGUACACCAAGGCCAUUGAUGUGUGGUCGGUCGGCUGCAUUCUGGCCGAGAUGCUGAGCGGAAAGCCCCUGUUCCCCGGCAAGGACUAUCACCACCAGUUGACUCUUAUUCUGGACGUGCUGGGCACACCCACAAUGGAGGACUACUACGGAAUCAAGUCGCGCCGAGCUCGAGAGUACAUCCGAUCGCUACCCUUUAAGAAGAAGGUGCCCUUCCGGACCCUAUUCCCCAAGACUUCGGACUUGGCGCUGGAUCUGUUGGAGAAGCUGCUUGCCUUUAACCCCGUUAAGCGCAUCACGGUGGAAGAGGCGCUGAAGCACCCGUACUUGGAGCCCUACCACGAUCCCGAGGAUGAGCCUACGGCGCCACCAAUUCCCGAGGAGUUCUUCGACUUUGACAAGCACAAGGACACUCUGAGCAAGGAGCAGCUGAAGCAGUUGAUCUACCAGGAGAUUAUGAGGUAA